UUGUAGCUGGAGCCAACUGCAGGAAUUGCUUCCUGCCUUUUUCAUUUGUCUGGUUCUUUUUCCUGCUACAAGUUCAAACGGUCAAGCCCUAACCCAGAAGCCAGAAGUCUGCUUUUUUCAUUUGUUUGGUUCUGAGUUUCAGGAAGCACCUUAACAAGAAGAUGCAAACUUCAAAUAGGCAAAUCUUGGAGAACAAAAGAAUGAGGAUUGAAGAUGAUAGGCCUCACUUUUUUAAGAUCAUCCGUGGAGAAGAUGUCAAGAAGCAUUUGCGGAUCCCUCCAGCUUUCAUCAAGCAUCUGGCUGGAGACAUCUCCGAUAGAGCAACCCUAACGUGUUCUUCCGGUGGCCAUUGGGGUGUUACAGUGUGGAAGAAUCCAGAUGGGACCUAUCUUGAGGAUGGGUGGAAGGAGUUUAUGAGAGAGAACAACUUAGGGGACGAUGAGUUCUUGGUCUUUAUAUAUGAUGGGGAUAUGCGUUUCCAUGUCAAAAUUUUCGAGAAGAAUGGAGUCAAAAGAUCAGCCCCCAUCUCUGAUAACCCAACAGAAGAAGAAACAGGAGCCAGUAGUGGAAAACGGUCUCGGGGUAGGCCAAGGAAAUACCCAGUUGGCUCCCUGCAGGGCCCUGUUGAAAGUUCAAGGACUCAGAAAACUAGGUCUUUCACCUCCAAAUUUCCUUACUUUGAGUGUCUCAUGACCAAGUCCUGUGUGGAGAAAUGUUUUCUCCUGACCAUUCCCAAAGCCUUCUCUCAGUCACACUUUCCCCCAGCAAAGCUGAAGGUUGUCCUCAGGAACUCAGCAGGGAAAACUUGGGAAGUGAACUGCAUCUACCAUGCAAAAAGACAUUCCUUGUCUGGAGGGUGGAGUACCUUUGUACGUGAAAACAGUCUCAAGCAAGGUGGCACCUGCCGAUUUGAGCUUGUUGAAAAAAAUGUAAUGCAGCAAAGCACCAAAGAUGGUCUGAAUUUUCCGGCGGAAGUAACAAUGCCGGAGCAGGAAACACUUGACCAUAGCCAUUGUCGCCGGCCCAGUUCUCAGCCGACGAGGUCUUUGCUUUUCUACAAGCUCAUUGUCUCAUCCGUUCUACAGGCCAAGAGACUGAGGAUCCCACAGAAGUUUGUCAAGAAAUCUGGGGAUCAACUUUCUGCUGUUACAACUCUUACUCUUCCCAAUGGUGGUGUUUGGUAUGUGGGUUUAACGAAAGCUGACAACAAGUUCUGGUUCUACCAUGGUUGGCAUGAAUUUGUAGAAUAUUACUCUAUCCAUGUUGGGUACUUUUUAAUCUUCAGAUAUGAAGGAAAUUCGAAUUUCAAUGUCAACAUAUUUGACUUGACUGCUUCUGAGAUAAACUAUCCAUCUAAUAAUCUUAGAAAUUCUGAGAAAACCAGCCAUGGCAAGCAAUGUCCUGCAUCUGAUGGGGAAGAAAUGAAUGAUGAUGAUGACUCUGUUGAAAUUUUGGGUUCUGCUUCUCCUGUUUCUUUGAGAAGUAAAGUCUUUGAUGAAUGCAUAGAUCAGCAACCCCUUGGUAAAAAUUACAAUGAAAAUUUGCAUCUGGCAAAAGAUGCUAAUAGUUUACAAGUCACAAUUCGGUCUAGCCGAGACAUAGGCAUUCAAUUCAACAGCAGUGAGCUAACGAAUUCUGAAUGUAAAGUGGGAUUGCUUCGUUUGGAUGAAGCAAAUGGAAAAACAUAUAGAACCAAAGCAAAAAGGAAGAGAAAUGAACCUGAUGCAAAUGAAUCACCAGCCAAACACAAAGAUGAAGUAGAAAUGCCUGACCUUAAAACUUCUGCGGAAACUUCAAAGCAGAGGUGGAGAGUUGUAACAAUGGAGGAAAAGAAGAGGGCACUUCAUGCCGCAGAAAUGUUCCAGCCUAGUAAUCCAUUCUGCAGGGUUAUCUUGCGACGAUCCUAUGUGCAUGAGAGGUUCCUCUUGCAUAUGCCAUCCAGGUUUGCAGAAAAGUAUCUCAAUGGGGUCUCAAAAUUCAUCAAACUUCAGACCUCUGAUGGGAAACAAUGGCAUGUUCGAUGCCUUUCUGGGGAGAGUCGAGUUAAAUUAAGUAAGGGAUGGACUGAAUUUGUUAAGGACAAUAAUUUGGAGGAAGGCGAUGUUUGUGUCUUUGAGCUCAUCAAUAUGGAGGAUGUUGUUCUGAAAGUUUCCAUAUUUCGUGUCCUUGAUGAUGCAAGAGUGGAGACUCAAUCUUCAAACUGAAAGCCUGGCAGAACUUAACUUAUUCGAAAUCCAAUGAUCGGUAAUUUUGGAAUUGCUAGGCUUUAUCAGGUAUCUCUUUUGUUUUAAAAAUCUGUAUAUAUAUAUGCCUUUAAUGGGGCUGUACAGUGAUUUUCCGAUCAAUGAAAAUACUGAACUGGGCCAGAAUAGCAUAUCUUAGUUGCAGACAAGAAUCUUGAGAACUGAGAGUACUCAGUGCAGUGGUAGAGAUCAAUAUUAGCAGGUUGAGUAUUUAUUUUCUGUUCAUAUGUUUAAUUUCUUAUGAAUAUUUGAUGUUUGAAGGAAUUAGAAUGUUGAAGAAUGACCAUGAAAGGAAGCCACUUGUAAGCUUCAUCCUGUACCUGUUUUUUUCAUAGGGCAAGAAAAUAUGAUGGAAAACCUUCAUAGUGUGGGAUCCAAAUGUCUUAACAUUGCUGUACAAGAAACAAGAUGAACAAACCAGCCAUAUUCAGUUACUUUCAGAAUUUUUGAAGAACUCGAUCAUGGAUUCUUUGAUGUGGAAGAAAUGGAAGAUGAUGAUGACCCUUCAAGUCUUGGAUUCUGGUUCUCUUGUUUCUUAAACAGUCUUUGAUGAAUAUGUAGAUCAGCAGACACUUGGUAGAAGUUACAACAGAACGAAACCCUUGAACUUUUACAAAUGAGGCUGAUGGGGCAAACAUCAUGAGAUGAUUAAUGAACAGAAGCUGGGUAUACUUGAGAUACAGGUAUUAAUUAUUUCAAUGGCAGCAAGCCUAGGAAUUCUGCUUUUGAAGCUGGGUUGCAUUGCCUGGAUGAAGCAAAAUCUAGGAACUCAAAGAAAGAGAAGAAAAAGAAACAUGGGAUGCUCUUUAAAGCCUCUUUCAUUGGUGCUUUUAACAGGUG